GGUGGCAGUGUGAGUGUGGCGACUGAGGUAUUGUGUAUUGCUAGUGUGUCUGUGUACCAGCUGGUGGCUAGUGUUCCCUACCCCUCACACCCUCACACUCCCUCCUUCACCCUCAGAGUGUUAACCUACUCAUAGAACAGUGUGGAGUGUGAUCCCGAGGUACCACUGUGAGGGAAGUGAGGAUAAAGGAUGAUGGCACAUGAAGAGGAGCAGAAGUUUAUUCAUAUCAAUCCAGAUUUCUUCACUUCUAAAAGGCAAACCAAGCCGAAAGUUCAUGUCAACCCAGCCUUCCUACUCAAGUCUAAAGGAACCCAGUCUGAAGCAGAACGUUUAACAAAUAUUGAUCCCCAACCUACUCCAGAUGAUCCUCCGCAGAAAUUUUAUCCCACUAGAAAUAUUCUUAUGAAACAAAAGGAGCUUUCAAAGCCAGUUCCUAGUAAGAGUCAUAUUAAAAACACAGAGUCUUCGUCUGUAAUUGGUACUUAUUCAUCUGGCGGAUGCUCUCUUGCGUUAGGCUAUACCAGUGAUAUUGACAUUUCUAAUGUCAAUUCACCAUUGAGAAAGCCAAAUGCACACACAUGUUCUGUGAGGACAUUUCCAAGUAAUGUGCAUGCAUUAAAUAAUACAAGCAUAGAAUUUCCCUCAGGAAACAACACUAAUCAACAUGUAUACUAUAAAUCUAAUACCUGUAAUGUUUCUGGAACUGGUUUAGUCAAACCAUUGGACUCCUUAGCAACAUACUCAAGUAAAAAAGUGAUACCCCCUUCUGUGUACUCAUGGAAAGCGAUCAGUGCUAAGGUUCCAACACAAAAUGCAAGUUUAGUAAAGCAGCCAGUAAGUCAGGUAUUAAAGACACCAGCCCCUCUUCAUAACUUCUCGCCCCAUAAAUUUCAUUACCAAAAUUUAUCAAAUGGAAAUAUUCAGAAGAGAUUUCCCAGUCAACCUGUAACAUCGAGAAUGUCCAGUACAGAUGAAAGUAAGUUAAAAGUGGCUAGUAACAUAAAUAUAUAUUCACCACAACAGGUUAGAUAUAAUUUUUGUGAUGUGCAAAGACAGGACACUGCCCUUCAAGCUAAAACUGUACCAAGUAUCAUAAAGUCAGUUGGCAAUUGCAAAAGUUCAAAUAUCUUGCCUUGUAAAAACAAGCAUCAUUCAUUCGGGAAUGAAAGUGAAAACUCUGAUGGGGUUGUUCAACUAUCUGAAACUCAUUCUCAGUCUAGAAAUUCAAAUAUACUUAUAAACCCAAAACUUUUAAAAUAUUUGUCUAGUAAUAGUACCCAAGACAAAAAAAGUUCAGCAAUAUCUAAACCAGAGUCAACGCCUCUGCCAUCAUGCAUAAUAUCAAACACUGGCCAAACUACUACCUUUCCACUAAAAUUGAUAAAUAAAAAUACCAUAGCAACUGCUGAUGCAUCAAAGGGAGUUAGAAAGUAUAAAGUUAUCUCUAAAACAAAACUCGUACGACAAACUUCUGUUAAUUGCUCAAGUCUAACUUCUGUUCAAACAAGAAAUAAUAUUACAAAAGUAAUAGCUGAAACUCCUAAGAGAAAUGGUAAAUAUAAGAUAAUCUCUAAAACAAAGCUUGUCCGAAGACGCUCGGGUAACUCUUUUAGUGAUGAAACUAAAAAAGUUGCUACUAAGGCAACACCAUGUGACAACGGGAGUUUGUUUGAGUGCUCUCCUAGGUUUCCAGCUAUCUCUGUACCUUUCAGAUUUACAGCAAGACCCCGUAGAUACUCUGUAGGCACAAAGGCAAGCCCUAAAAGACGUUACUCGUUUGUGACCCAUUCAAAGCUAAAUAGACGCCUUUCUACUAGCAGCAGUACAAAUGGAGAUGGAAUGUCCGGGAAGCCAAAAUAUUCCAUAAAGACUAAGACAAAACUUGUAAGAAGAUAUUCUGGCAAUGGCUCUAGUGAUUUAAAAUCUAAUACUAAUCAAGAUGGAGAAGCAAAUACCAGUAAGGUAUUAGAUGUAGAAAGAAAGACAAAAUUCUCUGUUCUCUCAAAGACUAAGCUGGUCAGAAGAAAAUCAGAUUUUGGGCUGUAUAAAACUAAAGCUGCUAAAUCCACAGCUAAAGCUACCUCAUGUGAUCCAUAUAUGGGGACACUUAUCAGGCGUCAUAAACUGGUGCGUAAUAUACCGAUGUCGUCAGGAAAGGCAGCUGAGGAUUCUCAUAAAAGAUGCAUAAAGACUGUAUACAAGAUCAUAAACAGAAGUUCCAAGCUUUCACCCAAGCAAAAGGCUGCAAGAGGCAUUAUCUCAAAGUACAAGAUUAAUCGUUUGAAGUCCGAUUCUGCAGAGCCUGUGAAGAAAAAUAAUUUCAGGAAAUUUAACUCUGUAUUAAAAUCAGAGUUUUCACAUGCUGCAAGAAAGGGUGCUGUCAAGCAUUCUGAUCGCAUCAUUAAUAUUGGAGGGAUUCUCUACAAAUCGACAAAAACUUCACUUACAAAACAGCUUUCGAAGAUUUAUCAGAAAAGUAAGUCAUCAGAUUCUGGCUGCAUUGUAUGGCUUGGUGGAGAUCAGUUUCACUUAAGCUUUGGAGGAAAAACUCUGAGAAGAAUUACAAAGGGAUCGGAGACCUUACCUUCUGAUCACAGUCUUUCAAGGGUUCACAUUGGUGGUCUUACAUAUUCUCGCACCAAAGCUGGCCAAUACGAAUUGACAAAAAUCCACCAAGCCAGGGCUGUUCUGAGCUCAGCAAAGCAGCGCAGUAUGAUAACACUUUCACAGAGGCACAAAAAGGGUGUUCUACAGAUACGCAAUGAACACUGCAUCUUUUUUAACCGAUUUGGAAGAUGCUCCAAGAAGGAUAGAGGAGGAUGCCCAUAUAUUCAUGAUCCAAAGAGAGUUGCGGUAUGCACUAGGUUCCUGAGAGGUAGAUGUCCUGUCAACAACUGCCCAUUUUCACACAUAGUAGAUCCAGAUAAGAUGCCUGUAUGUUCACAUUUUGUACGCGCAACAUGUACACGGGAUGGGUGUCCGUAUCGCCAUGUCAGAGUUAACCCGUCUGCACCAAUAUGCCUAGACUUUCUCAAAGGACAUUGUCUUUCAGGAGAAGCAUGUAAGAAGCAACAUAUUUUGGUAUGUGAAGAGUUCAGCAGAACAGGUAAGUGUCCAAGAGGUGUGUCUUGUCCACUGUCUCAUCGCAAAGGACGAGGCAAGAAGAGAAAAUCUGUUUCUUUGGAACCACCUAUUGGAGAAAAGAUGCAGCCAUCUGUUUCUCGGCACAAGAAAAGAAAAAUAAGUGAAAGCAGAGAUGUACUUGGAGGACCAAAAGUUAAAAGAAAUGGGAAUAAAUCAAGAGGAAAAACAACUAAAGCUGUCAAGCAAAGAUAUUUCCAGGUAAUGUCGUUGGUUGAAGAUAAAGAAACGCAAGAAGAAUCGGAGUUUAGUAGAGAUUAUACAGAAGAAGCAAGGGAGAGAGACGGGGAGGAAAGAGCACUGGAUAUAAAAAGUGAUAAAGUGUUUGUCACCCAUAAUCAUCUGGCCAGAACUCUUGACAAAUGUUCCCAAGAAGUUUUGACAAACAAUAAAGUGCGUGGUAUGGCUUCGACUUUAGGUUGUCAUCUUUCCCCAAACACUUCAGACUUUCAGGAAACCAGACAGCGAUUGUUACAUAGAGUUGAUAAAAUGAAAAGUUUUCAUAGUGCACAUAAGCAUAUUGUAGAAGGGGAAAACGACACUAAAUUACAAUUUGUAACCCAGGCAAAGAAAGAGAAGGAUUUAUCAUUUAGCAAAACUGACCUGCCAAAUUACGUUGAUCAAGAUGAGGAAAUCGAUAAAUUAACUGUUGAUAUAAAAGUACAGAGUAAUGAAAAAAAUAUAGAACAUGUAAAAAGUGAUAACAAGCUCUUUAACAAUGAAACGCGCAUAUUAACAAAGUCACAACUCCCACACACGUUACCGUCUUACAUCCCUCUAAGUAUGAAUGAUGAUCACCAGGAUUUGUAAUGGAAAUGUGAUAGAAAGUUUAGGUGUAUUGUUUUAUUUUUGUCACUGUUAGCUAUGUAAUACAAGUUGAAGUCUUACUAAAUAUUUGGACAAGUCGUGUAUCGGAGGUGCUUGAGCACAUCAAUACGGGUGAAUAGGAAAUUACUGACCAAAGAUUUUAUGUGGCGUAGAUGCAGUCUUGGUCAUUGUUUCAAUUUCAUAGCAUGUGUUUAUAUAUAUACUCUUGUAUAUACAUUAUUUUAGAUCGUAUUUUCAUCAUUUAGUAACGAGUAUGUCAAACAUACUGUCAUGUGCCAUAUGUAAGGUUGAAAACAUUUUUAGUGUAUUGUGCAAUUUAAUAUUGCAGAUGGUUUACUACUUUUAAAUUCUUAAAUUUUCCAUUGAUUACGUUUGCAGAAAACGUAUCCAUGCCACAUUAUUUUCCUUAAUAUUUUAUAAAACAUUUAGUCACUGUAUGUGUAUCAUCAUCUAAUUUCCAUGCUCUGGAGAUUACUAUGUAAGCAUGAGAAAUCUUUUUAUUACUGUGCUCCCAGGGAGAAGAUAUGAUGAGAAAUUGUGGUGCCACAAAAUUUAGACGUGUGUGUUGUUGUUGUUGUCUUGUACUUUUAAAAGGUAUAUCUGUGAUACAAAAUCAGUUGAUGAGAAGCAGUGGUAGUAUGACAAGUAAUUUUUUUCUCGAUAAGAUGUUGUUCAAUAUUUUCAGUUAAAUAGACUUGAACAAAAUUAAAUGUGGGAGUCAUUAAUGAAAGCUCUGAAGGAACGCAUCUUCUCUCUCUUUCAGCACCGUGUUAUGCCUUAGUACUGAAAAUCUGAGGUAGCACCAAUUUGUACUGUUUGCUGCCCCGUAAUGAUUAUUUCAAUCACUUUAAAGUGUUG